AUGAUCAAAAAAGUGUUGUUUCUAUCCUUAUUGGUAGAACUUGUAUUAGGAGCUCCAUUAAGCCAUGAUGAUGUCAUUUCGCCAGAAUUUCGUCAGAAAACGUUUUUCUCUAACUACUGCAAAUUUAAUAUUUUGUUGGAGAAAUCUGACUCUUGUGAAAUAGAGAAAAUGGAACCAUUGAAGUCUGCAUAUGUCACCAAAAACAUCACGGUGGAUCGAGCAGUAGAUCAAAUGCUGCUCAAAAUUGAGAGUGCUGUUCGUCACCGGAAUUCCACCGAAUUUGAUUCUUUCUUCUCUCCGAAAUUCGAUUCAGAAUCUUGGUUCGAUCGAUAUUAUUCGGAACUCACAGAAACUCAACUAGAUUCUUUCGUGGUUUGUAAACCUACUAUUCUGUCAAGGAUCUGUCAAUUUCAGCUUCGCCGUUUCGGCCACGUGGAUGCUCGCGGGAAGGACUAUAAAUUCAAAUUUACGGAAUCUCAUAAUGUUACUGAGAAUCUUCUUCUCCGAUCUUUUAUUGCAUGGACCAAAGGGACACCUUCCAAUCAGUUUGCAAUUCAAACUAUCCGAUACUAUGGAGAAUAUUGA